GACACAGGGCGGGGACGCUCCGGAGCGAGCUCGCGAGUGCGCGGUGCGGCUUCCGCUCCGCGCGGCCCCGCCCCCGAGACGCGCCGGGAGGUCACGUGACGGCCGCGCGCGUUCCCGGCCUCUGCGGGUUCCGAGGCCGAAGAGAAAAAGACAGCGAGGUGGCCGCGGCUGUGGCCGGAGAGGUGGGAGUCGGGGCGAAGCCCUCGCGGGGGGCAGGGUGAAGGCCGGCCACUCCGGUAUCCUAACUCGGGGAGAGGAGGCCCAGAUGGCCGUGUCACCUCCAGCCGCGACGCUCUCCGGGUCGGCCCUGCGCUUGGGGCCUGAGAGGGGCGGCGGCGGGGUCAGGGGCCGCAACAAGAAUGAACCAGCAGUGGAAGAGAUAAUACUGCAAGCUGGCUGGCUGCUGGUGAAGAAGAUGCUUUAUUUUUGUGGCAGGCAUAUGUGGGAUCUGUAAUAGAAAUGGCAAUUUUGAUAUUCAUGUCAUUUUGUCCCUUGAUCUUAUGUGAUGGUAACAUUUAUGGAGCUUUAGCAAUUACAAAACAUUUUUUUGCCAUUCUUACCUGAACUCUGUAAACUCUGAUUUGCAGGAUGGCUGGCUGUGGUGAAAUUGAUCACUCAAUAAACAUGCUUCCUACGAACAGGAAAGCAAAUGAGUCUUGUUCUAAUACUACACCUUCUCUAACCGUCCCUGAAUGUGCCAUUUGUCUGCAAACAUGUGUUCACCCAGUCAGUCUGCCCUGUAAGCAUGUUUUCUGCUAUCUGUGUGUAAAGGGAGCUUCCUGGCUUGGAAAGCGGUGUGCCCUUUGUCGACAAGAAAUUCCCGAGGAUUUUCUUGACAAGCCAACCUUGCUGUCACCAGAAGAACUCAAGGCAGCAAGUAGAGGAAAUGGUGAAUAUGCAUGGUAUUAUGAAGGAAGAAAUGGGUGGUGGCAGUAUGAUGAGCGCACUAGUAGAGAGCUGGAAGAUGCUUUUUCCAAAGGUAAAAAGAACACUGAAAUGUUAAUUGCUGGGUUUCUAUAUGUUGCUGAUCUUGAAAAUAUGGUUCAAUAUAGGAGAAAUGAACAUGGACGUCGCAGGAAGAUUAAGCGAGAUAUAAUAGAUAUACCAAAGAAGGGAGUAGCUGGACUUAGGCUAGACUGUGAUGCUAAUACUGUAAACCUAGCAAGAGAGAGCUCUGCUGAUGGAGCGGACAGUGUAUCAGCACAGAGUGGAGCUUCUGUUCAGCCUCUAGUGUCUUCUUCUGUAAGGCCUCUAACGUCAGUAGAUGGUCAGUUAACAAGCCCUGCAACCCCAUCCCCUGAUGCAAGCACUUCUCUGGAAGACUCUUUUGCUCAUUUACAACUCAGUGGAGACAACAUAGCUGAAAGGAGUCAUAGGGGGGAAGGAGAAGAAGAUCAUGAAUCACCAUCUUCAGGCAGGGUACCGGCACCAGACACCUCCAUUGAAGAAACCGAAUCAGAUGCCAGUAGUGAUAGUGAGGAUGUAUCUGCGGUUGUUGCACAGCACUCCUUGACCCAACAGAGACUUCUGAUUCCUAAUGCAAAUCAGACAGUACCUGAUCGAUCAGAUCGAUCAGGAACUGAUCGAUCAGUAGCAGGGGGUGGGACAGUCAGUGUCAGAUCUAGAAGGCCUGAUGGACAGUGUACAGUAACUGAAGUUUAAAUAAAGUCUUUAACUCCAUGCUUAAUGUUGAAAGGGUUAUCUGUAAAUUUCUGCCCACAUAACAUUAUACUCAUCCCUAGUAGUGCAUUUUGGGAAUUGGGGUGGGAAAGGGGUAUGGGAAGGAUAGACUUAUAAUUAAAAUGUCUAACAUGUCUCUGUUGAGAGAAAUUUAUUUAAUGUAAGGAAUUUGUGUGUU